UUUUCUGUGGUCGCUGUCGAUAUGGAGAAAGAGAGAGUGAGAGCAGAGGGAGGAAGUUAGCAGAGCUCUCUCAACCGCUCCCCUCAACACCCCCCCACCUCUUCUCAGAAAAAAAGAAGAAAAAAUAAUUCUCCGUCGCGUACCGUAUUUUUUCCCCUUUUUGUCCGAUUUUUUUGUUCUCUAAUUGAUACGAAGCCUUCGGUCUUGGAAGCCAUCCAAGGCAGAGGAAUGGAUUUCGGUGAUAAAGACAACAGCAACAACAAUGAGAUGUGGGAAUGGCCAGGGGAGGAGUAUAGUCUGCAAACAGAUUCACGAAAUGAUUUCUCUCACUUUCUAUGGGAUGAAGUAAACACAAAUGAAGAUGAUUUGUUGUACAUGCUUGAGGAACAAACUCCUAUUAAAGAUUGUGCAGAAUUUGGCUACCAAGUAUCAGAUGUUGGAGAUAAUGCCAACAAAGGUUUGGAGGAAAUUAAAGAAUCUUCACAACUCAAGAGGAGGCGCAUGUUGCAGUUCACGUUGGAUUCUAAUGAGGCUGACAUUGCCAACGAGCAAGGUGCUGCUGCUUUCUUAAAAUCUAAGGUAAGAGAGUGUUCGAUGGUGGAAGAUGGACUUUCAGAAAGUUUACAGUGGACUUCACAGUGGGCUGUGGGAUUUUCAGAUGAAAGGUGUGCCUUAAGCUGCGAAGGAUUGGAUCAAUCAUCAGAGGGGUGGCUGAUGGAAUGCUUAAAUGAAAAGGAGAUGCGUUGUAGUCCUGAUGAAAUGAACAAUUAUGUGGCCUACAAUGAACAAGUCAGUGUUUCUGAAUGUAACAACAUUUCACCUGACAUGGAAACUGAUGUGGUGCAAGAGACACCAGCUCCUGCUCCUCCCAGAAUUUUUAAGGGUAGGAAAUCUUACAUGAAAACUCCGACAAAGUUAACCACUUCGGUUGCCUAUCCUUUUUCCCUCAUCAAACCAUGUGGAGUUCAAGGUGAUGUAACUUUGAAUGACAUAAAUCAGCGGAUUCUUGCUCCACCACCAUCAAGACUGAAGCAUAAGAAGGAUGAGGACCCUGCCAUUUCUUAUCCUACUUCAGCUUAUUCUGGGAAGCCUGUGGUUGUCAAAACUAAGAUUCGCACUGAAGGGGGGAAAGGCAGCAUUACUAUCAUGAGAACCAAAGGUUGACUCAAUAAUUUCCAAGUAUUUUGUGGGUCUGGCCUCUUUCUCAUGCAUUUCGUUUUCUGUUGGUUUUGCAUGAGAGGUUCUGGCCAGGUAGUUUACAUACAUGUUUUAUUGGAUCCUUGUUUGGUGUUGGAUCAUUUGCUCAGACUUAUUUCUUGAACCUCUUAUUUUGAGCUUAAGUUCCACAUUGUUGAGAGGAACUUGUUCUUGUUUUGUGAUGCUUUCAUUAGUUGAAGAAAAUUGUAGUGUUAAAACUUGGAUUUUCUAUACUUUUCAGUAUUGUUGUCCUAGUGAUGAUCUGUGGAGCAUCUAGUUAACAUUUUGGGAAUUGAAGGAUUUUUCUGACUUUCAGUA